GAUCUGGUCCAGUCCGUUCCAAGUUCCAACUCUCUCGUCAAGGCUAUCACGGCGACGACGACGAAGAAGAAGAAGGAAAGGGAACCGCAAAGUUUGCUACGUUAGCAAUGGUGACGCAGUACGGCAUCAAACUCGCCGUCAGCGUCAUUUCUUCCCACUUUGGUGAUCUCGUCUCUAAAGUAUGUGAAUGUCUCCUGCGCAAAGGAACUCUUUCCCUAGCGGAAUUGGUUCGAUACACUGAACUCCAGAAUAAUCAAGUGAAGAAUUGUCUGCUCGUUCUAAUCCAACACAACUGCGUUCAACCUUUUUCCGUUCAGAAAGAUGGUGGAUUCGGGGUUGCUCCGAAGGUUGUCACUCAGUACACUGUGCUAUUCGAUAACAUUCUUCAUCGCUUGAGGUUCUCCAAAUUUCUCGCAAUUGUAUCCGAGGAACUCGAUAAAGAGUGUGAAGAACUACUUGAGGCUUUGCUUCAACAUGGUAGGCUUACCUUGGAACAAAUCACACAGCGAGCACAGUCCAUAUCUAAGCAGAACGAUUGGAGUACUGCUGUUCAGGAUGCUUUGCGAGAAAGCUUUGUUAGGCUUGUCAAUGCCCGCUAUGUGGAACGCUGUCCAGAUCCGGAGCCCUUUAUUGCGCCACCAGAUGAAGAUGCUCCUUCGUCUGGUAAACCUGGUUCUAAGGCUGCCAAGCUGGCUAAAAGAACUGCACCGACUGUAGAACAACAAGCUAUCACAGCUGCAGCUCCUUUGGAAUCCAAAAGAUUUGCAAUUAUGACAGAUACAGGGCCUGAUGCUGGAGGAGAAGAAAUGGCUGGUCAAACUCCCCAUACAAAACUGGGGGAAAAGCGUAAGUAUGGGGAAUUGGAGAUGGAUAGAGAAACUAUGGGUACCAUUUUCGUGAAAGAAGUUCUUUGGCGAACCAAUUUUGAGGCAUUUAUGCGUCGUCUUAGGCAUAAGGCUUGUGUUUUGAAUGUGAUGGCAAGGCUAGAUGAUGGGGCUGGAACUGUCUUAAAUGCAUUGUUGGAGGCAACAAAAAAUGCAGAGAACAAAGUCAAAACAGAGAAUUCAGUCCCCUUGCCGAUGGAUACUAUUUUAGAAGAGGUGAUGAAAAGUGAAAAAGGUCGUACUAUGACCUUAGAACGUGUUAGAGCUGCACUCAGUCAAUUGGGUUGUCAUCACACUACAAGAGGGGCUGACGAAUCUUGUUAUAGCAUUGAUUUGAGAAGUAUUAUUGACAACGCGCAAAAUAUGGAGGUGGAAUCCAUUGUUCUGAAAAGAUAUGGUAGAGAGGCCUACAGGAUAUUCAGAUUUCUUUCAAAGACUGGUCAGUUAGCUGAGACAGACAAGAUUGCAGAUACUACAUUUGUAGAAAAGAAGGAAAUAGUCAAGAUUCUCUAUAAUCUUUGGAAGGACAGCUUCUUGCAUAUGGAGAAAAUACUUUCCCAUGGAACUAAGCAGUCACAAUUUUUGUUGUGGAAAGUGAACAAAAGUUCUGUUUGGAAAACUAUUUUAGAUCAAAUGUGGCAUGCUGCCUUAAAUUUGAGUCAACGGGUGGCUUAUGAGCUUGAAAAAGAACAUGAGAUUCUGCAACUGCCAAGAGAAAAACGGGUUGGAGCCCAAGGAGUAAGAUUUGAACGCAUAAGAAGAGUAAAGAUACUGUUGGAAUCAUCCCUGAUGAAACUUGAUGACGCCCUCAUGCUAUUCCAUGACUUCUAAAUAUAAGAUACUUAUGGUAGUAAUGUUUGACUUUUAAGAACUAGGAAGGGUAGCAGUCCAAUUUCUUCUAUUUUGAACAUUACUAAUUCAAUCUCCCAAACUUCUUUAAUCAUCUCAAUCCCUUUUCUUCCAUUUUUCUGAAGCAGGUUUUUGAGGGAACUUGUACAGCGAUUUAUAUCAGAUAUAUAAAUUUUUUUUUUAUUA